AUGGAACGUGGAAGUGAAGGUUCGCCAUCUCGCUAUCAAAAGCAUGCAAACUCACCUUCACCUGGCUUGAGCUCCGGCGAUGUGACCAACACCACUGACAUGAUCAUCAGCAAUGGCAACCCUACUCUUCCAAACAUGCUGCCACCUCUUCCUCCUGCUAUUCCAAACUACGUGAUCCGCGAGCAAGACCAGUACAUGCCAAUAGCCAACGUGAUCCGCAUCAUGCGCCGCAUCCUCCCACCGCACGCCAAAAUCUCCGACGAUGCCAAGGAAACCGUCCAAGAAUGCGUCUCCGAGUACAUCAGCUUCAUCACCGGGGAAGCCAACGAGCGCUGCCAGCGCGAGCAGCGGAAAACCAUUACCGCGGAGGACUUGCUCUGGGCCAUGGGGAAGCUCGGGUUCGACGACUACAUCGACCCGCUCACUCUGUUUCUUUCCCGCUACCGCGAGAGCGAGUCCGACCGCGGCGGCUCCUCCAUCCGAACCGCCGCCGAUCACGCCGACCACCCCAUUUUGAGGCGUGGCGUUGACUAUGGCGUGCCGCCCCUCCCUCCGCCCCCGCCGCUAUUGAUGGGUCAUCAGUAUUAUUGUCCAUCUCAUUAUAAUUAUCCCCACGGAUUCUAUGACCCUUCUGCUCCAGCCAUGAUGGGAGGUGGGUACUACAGAGAUGGGUCGACAUCCGGGUCUGCUGAUGGGUCGACAUCCGGGUCUUCCGUGCCCGAAUAUGACCCGUUUGGUCAGUUCAAGUGA